CGCGCGAGAUUUGACGCUCGCGGCGGGCGAGACGACACGACCGUCGCCGUCACCGCCGCCGCCACCGCUCGCCCGUUCGUAUCAGUCGUCGUCCGCACGCCGCCGUCAAACGACCAGUUUUUCCGGACCGGGGGGCGGGGUGGCUCGCGCGUGUUCGUCCACGGACUCGUCAUCCCCCGACCGCGCUGCACACAUCCGUCUGUAUCUGUGCGUACACAAUAUAUAUUUAGAUCCGUACGAUCCCACCUGCGGUGCAGCGAUAUAGCUGCGUUUUUAAGUUCGACAAUAAUAAUAUUAUACGGACUGCAGUUCGAGUGCCGGCGGUCGUCGUCGUGUGUGUUUUCGGUCUUUCCGGAGCGGAGGAGCAGUGUAGUUGUGCAGCCGCGUUUCGUUUCGACGAGAAACAAAUAAUAAAAACAAAAAACAAAAAACAACCGUCGCCGUUGCUCGCGUCUCGCUAUCGCAACAAUAAUAUUUACGACAGUAAUAACACAAUAACAUAAUAUACACGUCGUAUCGUCACAACGUAACAUACGCACUGGCGGUACCUUCAGUAUGUGUCGACCGCCCUUAGACGAAGGGUUCGCGGCGGCAGCCCCGUUUGGUCCGGGCCGGUAGUCUCAAGCCUCCUCGAGCGUCCAACCGCGUCUACGCGCGCAAGCACGAUAAUUCCAAUGGAUCGCUAAUCGAUGAUUAGUGAUUAUUAACAAUGGUCCCUGCCCGUGAUGACAAUUUGCGCAGAUAACUUCCCAUCAAAAAUCGGAAAAUAAAGGGAUAGUUGCAAUUUACGUGGAAAUGUUUGUAAUAAGAAGUAAUCUACCACGAAUCCUCUAGCAUCUCUGUCAAGAACUUUAAGUUAGGAUCAGCGACCGUUGCAAAUGAUCAACGAAACGUCGGCGGCGGCGAUCGAGCUGGCCGCUGCGGCGGCGAACGGCUGCCAGAAGUCCGGCGGAAACGGUACGAUGUCGGAAUCGGCGGCCUACGUGACCGUGAUCGCGGUAAUCGUGGUAACCACGGCGCUGAUCGUGGUCACCGUGUUCGGCAACAUACUGGUCAUCAUGAGCGUGGUGCAGUACCCGCCGCUGCGGUCCGUGCCGAACAUAUUCAUCGUGUCGCUGGCCGUGGCCGACCUGACGGUGGCCAUAGGCGUGCUGCCGCUGAACGUCGUCUACAACGUGACGGGCAAGUGGCUGUUCGGCGGCGUCGUGUGCAAGCUGUGGCUGACGUGCGACGUGCUGUGCUGCACCGCGUCCAUAUUGAAUCUGUGCGCGAUCGCGCUGGACAGGUACCGGGCCAUCACGCAGCCGAUAGCGUACGCGCAGAAGCGCACCGUGUCCCGGGUCAUGUGGACGGUGGCGCUGGUGUGGAUCGCCAGCGCGGUCAUCAGCUCGCCGCCGCUGAUCGGCUGGAACGAUUGGCCGGACGUGUUCGACGAACAAACGCCGUGCUCGCUGACCACGCACCCGGGUUACGUGGUGUACUCGUCCAUGGGUUCGUUUUACAUACCGCUGGUGGUGAUGAGCAUCACCUAUCUGAGGAUAUACGUGGCCACCAGGCGGCGGCUGAGACGCCGGGCAAAACAGGUGGCUGCGUCACUGCCGGCGGCGGCGGUCGGUUCGUCGUGCAAACGGGAGGACGCGGCCACCGGCAGCGGCAAGAUCAAGAUGGCGGCGGACGCGGCCACCGGUGACUCGGCCAGCAGCAGCGACGAGGUGGACGCGGCCACCAACGGCACGGGCGGCACCGGCGACAAGCAGCGGUCGGGGCGGGGCGCGCCGAUGGCCGUGCGAGCGGCGCCGUCGAUGGGCAAGCACGUCAACCAGCUGCUGGAGCACAAGCAGCGCAUAUCGCUGUCCAAAGAGCGCAAAGCCGCCAAGACGCUGGGCGUGAUCAUGGGCGUGUUCGUCGUCAGCUGGCUGCCGUUCUUCGUCAUCUACCUGUUCUUCCCGUUCUGCAAGUCGUGCUGCCCGCCGUCCAAGGUGCUGGUCAACGUGGUCACGUGGCUCGGCUACCUCAACUCCACCGUCAACCCGAUCAUAUACACCCGGUGCAACAUGGACUUCCGGCGGUCGUUCAAGAAGAUCCUGCACAUGGACGAAAAGCACCAGCACUUGCAGCACCACCACCGCUGAAUGCAACGACGGCGGCACAUAUAGGGGUGUUUGGGGAGGUGACGGCGCCCGCGACGUUCCGGAACGAAUGUCGUCCCUGAAAGUUUCGGAGGGUUGGAUGGGCGGGGAUGAGUUUUCGCGGUUUCGCCGAUCCAUUUCCUGCACGAUAAUCGAUAUUAUUUAUUACACACGACGUGCCACGAUCACAUUAUAUAUUAUUAUCUUUUUUCAGAAGCUGACCUGUAAAAAUUGUGUGUACCUAUGCGUGCGGGUGGGCAUGGGUGUGUUUGGAUUUGUAUACGGUCGUGUAUGUGUGUACAUUAUAACAAUAUUUUAUCGCUGUAUUUUGUAAUCGAUUUUCAUAAGUGUUGUUUUGACUCGUACACAGUCACUGGCAUUUAAUUUUGUCGACGUACCGCAUGUUUAACUGGGCAAACGAACCAGCAGUUUAUUUUUUACCGUAAAUCAUCGAGUCACUUUUUGUAUAGUAAAUUUAGACAUUUUUACUCUUAAGAUUUCAUUUGACGAAAUACAAAAUGUAUAGGGCAUAAAACCUUUCGCUCAAAAGUUGUUUUCCCUUUUCGUUCGCGUUCACACGAUUUGGCGAUCAUUUCAAAAAUUGAGCGCUUACUUGCUUAUGACAAUUUUUGCAAUAGGUACUCAUUAUUUAAGUUUUGAAACGAUAUUAUUUUAAGACAUUUAGAACACUUUAAAAACGAGUGCAGUCAGAAUGCGUGAAGGCCGUAUGAAAUUAAAAUUGUAUUUUUUUUUUUUUUUA